AUGAGGCACGGUGUCAGAGUGAAUAGGAUAUGUUUUAUUUCUUUGAUAAUAUUGGUUGUUUGGAAAAAUUUUUUUAAUGUUGUCUGUUGUUUUCUCCCAGUUCCAUUCUCCCAGACUCCAACAGCUAGAAAAACCUCAGCUGAUAAUAGUGGAGUGAUUAUUGUGGUGAUCAUUGUCAGCAUCCUGUUGCUGGCCAUCCUGGGCAGUGUCUUUUACUUCCUGUAUAAAAAGGGCAAGUUACUCUGUGGACGCUCAGGCAAGCAAGAAAUCAUGAAUGCCUACAGCACCAAGGAGAAGACUAACAAAGAGGACAUCGUCGUAGAGAUGAAGGCAAAAAAGACGGAGGAGUCCGUGCUGUUGAAGGGCGUCAAUGGGGAAAAGAAAACUCCCAAUGACCAGAGCAGUGCCCUAAGCUCAUAAGUGAAGACUUGUGGGCGACUAAAGAUGGCAUCUGUACCUCCCUCCUGACCCAACAAUCAAGUCUUAAGAGCUGGAGGACC